AUGCUACAAGUUGUUUUGACAGAGUGUAUCACUGCAUCAUCAAAGGAAAUCACCGACGAGGUCCUUGGGAAGAUUGGCUCUAUUUUACGUGACUUGAUCGCCAUAGGUGUGGUAAUUCGCAGAAGUGGCCGAAAGUUCCGCUUACAGAAGGCAGAUGCCUCCUUCGAUCAGAAUCGAGACAAAUAUCGUGAUCUACAAGCACAUCUUGCGAUCCUCGUUAUGUCGAGUCCCAGCGAAGGGCCUCGAACAUUGAUUUAUCAGGACAAAAUUGACCCAUCACAGCUUUCACCAAUACAGCACCGACUGGUGGAAGCUAAUCUGAGACGCCGUCACCGAUUCAUGGAAAUGCAAAGACAUUCACACCUCCUGAAAGACCCCAUAGAAAGCCCAGUAUGGAAUAAGAUUGGCCAUAUUCUUGCAAAUAUGGGUCCCAGCUCUGCACAGAAAGUAUCAGACAAAUCUUCGGUGAAGCCAGAGCAUACGAAGUCCACGACCACUAGCAUUGCUCAAAGCAAUAAUAUGACAGUGGUUGAAACUAUUGCAUCAAUCCCGGAAACUGGGUUUCGGGGCCUUCAGCGCGGAGGACGCAUUGGCUCUACGGUGACGCGUAUUACAGCAAUCACAGCAGCUGCACGAUAUCCAAGGGCAAAACUCUCAAGCCCAGAGCAUCUUUCAUUCAAGUGUCCUUGCUGUUGCCAUGCUAUUCCAAUCCAGGAAGCGGAGGAUAAUCGAUACAAAACUCACUUGGCCAACGAUAUUUGCCCCUACACCUGCAUACUUGAGCAUUGUCCCACACCUCACAAGCUUUUUGUCACUGAAAAGGAGUGGAAGGAACAUUUUUUGAAUGACCAUCCACCCGGGUUUCAAUGUUCAUACUGUGACAGUGCCCCCUUCAGCUCUCUAGUGGAGAUCAUGGGCCAUUUGCAGCUCGAACAUCCUGAUAUUUCAAAUGAUGAGCUUGCGGAUGCCCUAGCUGAGUCUCCAGUUCACAUCAUGGGUAUUAGUAACUGUCCACUUUGUGACUCAGAAGAUUCACCAGACUCCCCUGAGUUGAUUGAGCACAUUUUACAGCAUAUACAUGACUUUUCGCUGCGUUCGCUUCCCUGGCCCCAAGACCGCAUACCGCAUCUCAGCAAGGCUGUCGGUAACUUCAAUCCAGCCAUCGAUGAUGCCGAUCACAUCAUUAAAUGGGUGCUCAAGACCUCACCCGACAGUAAAUGCGAGUUACAGCUUUGCGAAUUGGAUAAAAAUCCACCAAUGGAGGCAGAGACGGCUUCCGAUAGCUUUAAAGACGACUACUUCUCUCAAAAUGAUUACUUUGUAGAUGAUUCAAGCGACGGCAAUCUUCAUUCACAGCGUACACAGAAUGCUUCACAAAUGACACGGACCAUGGAGACAAGUGAGCUUGGAGAUGAGGAUUCACUGAUAUCCACCGAUAAUGGAGAUCGAAUUGUUACCGUUGAGGAAAUGUCAAACGCGAUGUCCGACAACGGGGAUGAUAGUAACGAUAAGGCACAUCAACUCGGGGAAGAAGUUGGUAAUGUUGACACUCGGAGCUUUCGCGAAGAUAGCUCGCAGCUGAAUGAGGAUGAUUCAUCGGAUGAUGAAGGGAGACCCUUCAGCAAAGAAUAUCUGGAAGAGCGCAAGCAGGUCUUUGAAAGAGACAUGCAGUUUCUUCGAAAACAAAUCCCACCACCUCCUUUGGAAGAUUCCCAUAUUGUCUCUCUUCUCAUGAGGAUUCAGUUGCUUGGCAAGAUUGCUCAAGAACAGACAAUCGGCUCUCUCCCUGAUGCCAUUGGCAUUAUCCCAGAAGACCAUCCCAAUGUUCCAUCCGAUUUGAACAGUCUCAGCAACACGAGCGACUUUUCACACCUUCAAUGCCUAGAUGUCCCGCUUCGAGUAGAUCGAAUGCGAUCGUCGUCAAAACUAAAUCGCGGACGUGAUGCCCAUAGAUACUUUAAAUCUCCCGAGCCUUACGGAUCGUUUGAGGAUCGCGAUCGUGCCGAGAGCAAACUUACUAGCCAGCAGCAUGACGAAACCCCCUUUCCGCGAAAGGGAAAGACAGUUAUUCGUCGCAAGCUUGUGCAUAUCCGAGCAAUUUUGGAUCUUGGGUAUCCAUUCAAGGAAGAGGAGGACCAAUUUCUUAUUCUGAAGGCACUAUCUAAAGAGCAGAUUGAGGAAGUGAUUGAUCUGAGUCGAAAAUUCCAAAAACCCAUGGACAUGAGGACCGGUCGUGACCACGACGGUAAUCCAGUAGAUCAGAACUUCGCCAGAAAACGCACCAGAUCAUCCGACAAUCAUAGGUAUCGCAUGGACAGUCCCCAUGGAGCAAUGGACCCCAGCCACGAGACUUCUAUUAUGCCACCGUCACGGCUACCGCUGCCGUCUGGGUAUCGCGAUGAUAAGUAUCGAGAGGAAAUUGAACAAAUUGGGAGGCCAAACACGAAGACUACCUCCCGGCCACGAUCUGCGUCUUUGGAUACACACGAUCGUUCUUCGUCUCCCAUUCGAUACAUUCAGCCACAAGGUACCCCCUUAGAAGAAGCUCAUAAUUCUGAGUCGCGAGUUGUUGUAAGAUCUCGUGAUAGCGACCAGGAUAUGUCAGAUUAUAUUCGUGAGCUGGAGGAGGAGAGGAUAUUGUUAGGGAAAACGGAGGAAGAGGAGGAGGAGACGAUACUGUUUAUGAAGAAAAGGGUGGAGGAAGCGGAAGAUAGGAUACUGUUGAUUAAGAAAAAGAUAGAGGAGGAGGAGGAGGAGGAUAGAAUACUGUCGAUGAAGAAUUACAUAGUAGAGGAGGAGAAGUGGAUACUGGUGAUGAAGAAGAAGAUAGAGGAGGAGGAUGAGAGGAUACUGAACUUGAAGAAAAAGGAGAAGGACAAGCGUAAAGGUGAAUAUUCCAGUACCUUUUCCAUUUCUCACUCUGAUCAGCUUUGCACUAUUAUACUGACUAUGCUAGAACCCUCGUCGAGGGUGAUGCGGGCGAUGAUGGCCACCUUGACUUGA